AUGGUUCAACUCAGUUCAUUCCUCUCCGCAGCGGCGGCUUCGGUAUUCCUAGGCACUAACAUUGUGCUUUCUCAUCCUGGACAUGAUGUCAAGGCCGAGUAUGCUCAGCGUCAUGCUGCUCUAGAAGCCAUGCCCUUGGAGAAGAAGAGCUUAGCUCGCUGUGCUGAGAAGCUUAAGGCUCGUGGUCAUGAAGCCAAGCUCAAGGCCAGACGUGAGGGCAUCGUUGCCAAUCUGAGGGAGAAGAGGUCCAUCGAACGCCGAGGCUUCCUCCGCGCGCGUGACUUGGACACGGUGCUUGCCACCGAUCACCACUCCAACCUCACGGGAGUCUCAAUUGAUUCGUCUGCCGAUGAUCUCUUCGGUACCCAGAAAUCGUGUAUUCUCUCCCCCGAGGUCACCCAAGGCCCCUACUACGUCAGCGGCGAGCUCAUCCGCCAGGACAUUACCGAAGGCGGCGAUGGCGUGCCACUCACCGUUGAUGUCCAGCUCUUAGAUGUCAACACCUGCGAGCCUGUUCCCGAUGUCCUUGUCGACUUCUGGCACUGCAAUUCGACCGGUGUUUACAGCGGCGUUAUAGCGUCCGGCAAUGGCGACCAGUCAGACACCACCAACAUCGACAAGACCUUCCUCCGCGGUAUCCAACAAACCAACGAAGACGGAGUCCUCACCUUCGACACGCUCUUCCCGGGCCACUACACCGGCCGUGCAGUCCACAUACACAUCCUCUCCCACACCGGUGCCACCCUACAAGCCAACAACACCAUCACCGGCGGCAACACCUCACACGUCGGCCAGAUCUUCUUCGAUCAAGACCUCAUCUCCACCGUCGAAGCCCAGGAGCCCUACGCCAGCAACACCCAAGAACUCACCGAAAACAGCAAAGACGACAUUCUCGCCGAGGAGGCAGGUGAUAUUGACCCUUUCAUCGAGUACGUCCUUGUCGGUGACGAUAUCUCCGAUGGCGUCUUUGGCUGGAUCGCAUUUGGCAUUGAUCCCAGCGCUAGCUACGAUGUAUCGCCGGCCGUCAUGUAUUAUGCUGAGGGAGGUGUGGAGAAUGAGAAUUCGAACUUCGUGGGUCCGGGUGGUGCUGGGGGUCCGCCGAGUGGCGCUCCAGAUGUGCCGGGUGCGCCAGGCACUACACCUGGUGCGGCUGCAACGCCCACGCCGACGAUUGCGGGGGUUGUGAGUGCAAGGACUGGAGCUGCAGCAAAGAAGGGCCUCGCGCUUGGAGCGGCAAUGGCGUUGCCAUUCGUGCAUCUCCUUGGCUGAGGGAUGCCGCCAGUCAGAGGGGGACUAGGGUAUAAGCUGAUGCUUAAGG